AAAGUUCUUCAAUGGGAUGUCCCGUUUUACCUUCAGCCUGCGACACAGAUGAGGAUAAAUCACAAGAUUGCUUCAAAAUCCAUCCAGCUUUUCAUAAUGCGGACAGAUCACCCAGCCCUCCUAGUCCUGAAGAGUUUUCACCCAAUAAUUCUCCUACUCCAAAUAUAAAUCAGGAACUCCACUGCGUUGCUGGAUCACCGGCUCCCUCUAACCCCGAGGACUUUUAUACCAGUAGAUCACAUGCUAGUUCCUCAAAUAUCUACCCAAGACUUGACGAGGGAGAUAUAUCUACAGAUCCCUCUCAUCCUGAGGAACCUAUGCUAGGUAAAUCAGGUUCCGUCUCAAAUAUCAAACCAGGUCUUCUCAUUCCAUAUAGACUACCAGAUCCCUGCAAACCUGAGGAAACAUCUUCUGACCAAUCUCAGACCACCUGCCCAAAUAUUAUUUCAAGUCUUCUUGGAUAUAGACCACAGGUGCCAUUAAAUUCCGAGGAAUCUUCUUUCAGCGAUGCGAUGCAACGGGUGGAGCCCCAGGAGGACACGUUAUAUCCAUGCUUUUCCAGGUUGGUGAAGAUGGUGGAACACCAGAGGACGCAGGGCGACGACCAGCUCGGCCAGAAACCAGAUUUUGGCGACCAUCACAAGAAGCACGUGGGCAAGAAGGUGUUCCCAUGCGUGGAGUGUGAGAAGUUCUUUGCCCACAGCUCCGACCUCGAUAAACACCAGCGCCGUCACUCCAGAGAAAAGCCAUUCUCCUGUUCUGAAUGCGGCAAGUCCUACACCCAGAAGUCCCACCUGGUCAACCACCAGCGGCUCCACACGGGCGAGAACAUACUGCCCUGUACCGAGUGCGGCCGGUGCUUCACCUUAAAGUCGCAGUUCAUAAAACACAUGAGGACUCACACUGGCGAGAAACCGUACUGCUGCUCGGAAUGCGGCCGGUGCUUUGCCCAGAAGUCCACCCUGGACAACCACCAGACCAUCCACACCGGUCAGAAGCCAUUCUCCUGCUCGCAGUGCGGCAAACACUUCGCACGGAACACUCACCGCAUAACACACCAGAGCAUUCACACCGGGGACCGGCCCUUCUCCUGCUCCGAGUGCGGAAAGUGCUUUGCCCUGAAGGCCAACCUGGUGAAGCACCUUAAGGUCCACAAGGGGGAGAAGCCGUUUUCCUGCCAAGAGUGUAGCAAGAGCUUCAGCAUGAAGUCCAACUUGGUCAAGCAUCAGCGAGUUCACACCGGGGAGAAACCGUUUGAGUGCGCCCACUGUGGGAGGACCUUUGGUAUGAAGUCCAACCUGGUUAAGCACCAGCGCAUUCACACAGGCGAAAAACCCUUCAAGUGCCUUGAAUGCGGCAAGUGCUUCGCCAGCCGGUCCAACCUCACCACGCACGAGAAAAUUCACACGGGGGAAAAGCCUUUUACCUGCAGCUUUUGCAGCAAGGGAUUCAUCACCAGCUCUGACCUCUCGCGGCAUCAGAAGACCCACACUGGUGAGCGGCCCUUUACAUGUUCUGACUGCGGCAAGAGCUUCAUCAGCAAGUUCAUUCUCACCACCCACCAAAAAUCUCACACAGAAGAUGAGCCUGCCCCUGUUUCCGAGCUUGUUCCUGAGCAUUUGGACAGCUCGGGAGGAGAAAAUGUUGUAGGGGGUGUGGCUAUCAGCAUUGUCACUGCUGAUUCAUCACACCUAGUUCUGCUCACUGCUUUCUGGAUUGACAGCACUGCCUCCGUUGCUGAAUCCAUCCCACUGGGGGAUAUUUUCCAGCAGAGCGGCAUGACGAUUGAUUUUGUAAAUCAUGUCUUUUACCUGCUUUGCUCUGUUAAGCCACUGCAAGCUCUUAAAUUUGCAUGGGUGACAGUGUGGAUCAAGCCGUAUGCAGAGCUGUCUACCACCACAAGUGUGAAGGAAGCUGUAGGCGGAGCUGUCUACUGCCACAAUGUCGGGGAAGUUAGUGAAAACUACAUUUCCCGUGAGUGGGCGGGGCCGGGAGGACGUGACGUCAUCGUCACUGACUCGCCCCUUCCUGUGUGGAGAUCGGACGGUUCGCUGGCAGUGGAGGGGGUCUGCAGAGCCGGGGACAUGGAGAUGGAGGAUCAGAAGCCGGAGCCGGGUAAGGAGAACGUAGCCGCUGCAACAAAACGGCGCACAUGGGGGGAGGGCUUGUCUUCCAACUUGGGACCCAGGAGCAGAGCGGAGAGGAAAAGCAGUCAAGACCCCUCCUCCGCACCUCACUGCCCGAAGAGUGUUAAACAGGAGGUUGAGGCUAUUCCAUGUAAUUAUGCAGAAGACGACAACUGCAACGACCGGUGCGAUACUACAGACUAUAAUGGGGAAGCCAGUGAGUAUUGCAAGGAGGAAGAGAAGGAUCCAGAGGAAGAAAAUGGCACCCACCAGGAGGAUCAGCUAGAGGAAUCAGGAAAUGAGGUGGCGACGCAGACAGAGCAAUCAGAUGAGAUGCAGAUCAAAGAGGAGGAGGACCCUGUGGAUAUCUCUGCUGGCUAUGACAUGAACGAUCAAGACUCUUGCGACUCGGCCACGACAUCCGGAGCCGGCAGCCUGCCCAUUGACGAGUAUGGGCAACCAGUGGACAAGCCCAAACAGUUUAUCUGCUCGGAGUGUGGCAAAGGGUUCAGCCUCUACUCCUAUCUCACCAAACACCAGCGCUGCCACUCGGACGAGAAGCCUUUCACCUGCAUCGAGUGUGGCAAGUGUUUCCGAUACAAGCCCAGCCUGGUUGCCCACCAGCGUGUCCACACGGGCGAGAAACCCUUCUCCUGCACUGAGUGCGGCAAGCUCUUCGUCACCAAGUUCAACCUGAAGGCCCAUGCCAAGGUCCACACUGGAGAAAAGCCAGUGGAGUGCCCGGCAUGCGGCCGGUGCUUCAGCAACAACCCGGCGCUGGUGAAGCACCUCCGGAUCCACACGGGCGAGAAACCCUUCUCCUGCACCGUCUGCGGCAAGGACUUCGCCAGCCGCUCCUGCCUAAAUGCUCACCAGGUCAUCCACACGGGCGAGCGCCCGUACAUGUGCUCCGAGUGUGGCAAGGCCUUUGCCAACCAGUCCAACCUCAUCUCCCACCGGAUCAUCCACACCGGCCAGAAGCCCUACGUCUGCCCAGAGUGCGGUCGUGGCUUCGCCAACCAGUCCAACCUGGCAAAACACAAAAUGACCCACACGGACCACAAGCCCUUUGUCUGCAUAGAAUGCGGCAACCUCUUUGCCAGGAAGGAGGGGCUAUCUAAACAUUUCGAAAGGAUUCACAAGAAGAAACUAGAAUUCUGCCAGUGGCAUUGGCAGGAGAUAAGCUCCCGCCUGCUGCUGGCGAUCCCUGACCCAAGUCAGGGAUCACAGUCUCAGCAAGAGCUGCUGGAAAGAGCCGGGAUCUUUGCCGAUCUGUACCACCGCUUCAGACAGCUGUCGUGUAUGAGCGGUGGCUCGCUGCCAGCUCAGCUUCACCCUGACAGGAAUCCCCUCAGCCUGCAGCAGCUGACUGGGCUCGGGAACGCGCACUACCAGUUCCCGCCUUUCUCCAUCAGCGAGUGCCUUGAGCGCGCCCGUGACGUCACCACCUCUGGCGGCGAGAGGCGGGAAGUGCAGAGCCGUCGACCGGCCGGCGGGACUACGACUCCCGAGAUGCAGCGGGGCGGAGGAGAAGGCUCAGUUACCAAGUUCCCUACAGAUGUCUCCAGUAACAGAGACCCAUCGGAGAGAUGUCCCCGUCCUCUGUAUUCCUGGGAUUCCAAAGCGGAGGAUCUUCAGGACCCUCACCAGCUCCGACCUUCCCUGGCCAAGGACGGAAUUCAGAGGAUUCUUACACGCUCUGCUUUGGAAAUCGGCAAAGGUGAGCAACGACCACUGAGUACAGAAAGGAUUCAGCUUGGUGUCUUUCCUACAGACAGAUCCAUCAAGAGGAACACGGUGGAGCGGCGCCCCCUUCCAAUCUUCUCACUGAAGCGGGACGGAAGGAAGUGGCAGAGGAUACGAAUUAAGAGUGAAAUAAAUUUAGAAGUUCGGGAGGAAGACGCGGCAGAAGAACACAAAGACAGACCCAGAAACAGAAAUGCGUCGGAGCGGCUACCCCGCCCCGUUUGCUUGGACAAUUCCGAUGCAGAUUACUGCCAACAAGACUUACAGGCGGAGUCUCCGGCAGACAGGGCAAACGGCGUGAUAUUACAGGAAGAGGGCUUGUACUUGACACAUGAGCAGGAGAUUAAGGAGGAGGAGUCUGCUCUGGACUUUGACGAAGGUUAUGAAGUUGAUUAUGACCAGGGACUCGACCAUUGCCACCCGUUCGAUGGUGACGUCAGUCUCGGGAAACCCUCGGAGGAGUACGACCAGGCCAUCGCUGGGGAGAACUCGCCGGCAGGAGGGGAGAAACAUUUCAUCUGCACCGAGUGCGGCAAGAGCUUUACCCAUUUCUCCUACCUCACCAAGCACCAGCGCUCCCACUCGGGGUUGAAGCCGUUCACCUGUGCCGAAUGCGGCAAACGGUUCGCCUACAAGCCCAGCUUGGAGACCCACCAGAGGGUGCACACUGGGGUGAAGCCCCAUGUCUGCACGGAGUGCGGGAAGCUGUUUUCAAGCAAGUUCAACCUGAAGACCCACGAGAAGAUCCACUCUGGGGUCAAGCCGGUGGUCUGCCCGGCAUGCGGCAAGUGUUUCAGCAACAACCCGGCGCUGGUGAAGCACCUGCGGAUCCACACGGGCGAGAAGCCCUUUUCCUGCAACCAGUGCGGCAAGUUUUUCUCCAGCCGCUCCGGCCUCAACGCCCACCUCAUACUCCACACGGGUGAGAAGCCCUUCAUGUGCUCCGAAUGCGGGAAGUCCUUUGCAAACCAGUCUAACCUCAUCUCCCACCGCAUCAUCCACACUGGCGAGAAGCCCUACACCUGCAGCGAAUGCGGCAAAGGCUUCGCCAACCAGUCGAACCUGGCCAAGCACAAAAUCAUCCAUACCGAGCAGAAGCCAGCCGCCAUGAAGCAGCACGUGUGCAACCAGUGCGGAAAGUGCUUUGCGCACAACAGCGACCUCCUGAUCCACAAGCGGCUGCACCGCGGCAAGGUGCCGUUCGUCUGCUCUGUCUGCGGCAAGUGCUUUAGCAGCAACUCCUACCUCAUGGUGCACCUGAGGCUUCAUGCCGGCGAGAAGCCCUUUGGCUGCCGAGAGUGCGGCAAGAGCUUCAAGAGCAACUCCCACCUGGUGACGCACCUGCGCAUCCACCGCGGCGAGAAGCCAUUCGUCUGUGCCGAGUGCGGCAAGAGCUUCAACGACAAGUCCAACUUCGGCCGCCACAAGCGCAUACACACCGGCGAGAAGCCGUACACCUGUGACCAGUGCGGCCGGGGCUUCAACCGCAAGGCCAACCUGCUGAUCCACGAGCGCACACACACGGGCGAGAAGCCGUACUGCUGCGCUGAGUGCGGCAAGCGCUACACAAGCAAGUCUACCCUGGUCGUCCACCAAAUGGCCCACCGGGGGGAGAGGCCCUACGCCUGCACCGAAUGCGGCAAAUGCUUUGCCACCAACUCGCAGCUGGUGACGCACGAGCGCAUCCACAAGGGAGAAAAGCCCUUUGAGUGCCAGGAGUGCGGGAGAAGCUUCAAUGACAAGUCCAACUUUAUCCGCCACAAGAGGAUCCACACGGGGGAGAAGCCGUACGCCUGCUUCCAGUGCGGCAAAGUGUUCAACCGCAAGGCCAACCUCCUUCUGCACCACCGGACUCACACGGGAGAGAAGCCAUUUUGUUGCAUGCAGUGCGGGAAGUGCUUUAGCAGUAACUCCGGCCUAGUCGUCCAUCAAAGACUUCACACGGGAGAGAGGCCGUUUCCUUGUCCCGAAUGUGGCAAGGGCUUCGCCAGUAACACGCGGCUCUUGGCGCAUCAAAAAUUCCAUACCAAGGAGAAGCCAUAUUCUUGCACCGAGUGCGAGAAAACCUUUUAUAACAGCACUCAUCUUCAGGUGCACCAAAAAGGCCACAGAAAUGAACGACCUUUUUCAUGCCCCGACUGCGGGAAGACAUUUAUCCACAAAUCCAACUACCUCAAGCAUCAAGAGAUUCACAUGGGCGUGAAGCCUUAUUUGUGCUCUUACUGCGGGAAAAGUUUCAGGCAAAGCAGUCACCUGCGCUCUCACCAAAAACAGCACACGGGAGACCUGCGCUUUUCAUGCACCAAGUGCCGUAAAAGGUUUCAGACCGAAGGCGCCUUGAUGGCUCACUAUAAAAUCCACCGAAUCACGCCGUUUUCUUGCACCGAAUGUGGCAAGCAUUUUAUCAACAGCGUCAGCUUCGAGCGCCAUCGGCGUCUCCACACGGGCCACAAACUGUUGUCUUGUUCCGAAUGCGGAAGAUGCUUUAUAAAUAAAACCCACCUUUCCAUCCACCUGAGGAUUCACUCGGGAGAAAAACCGUUCGCGUGCACCGGCUGCGAAAGGAAAUUUAGCGACAAAUCAGCGUGCAACAGGCACAUUAAGACGCACUUGGCAACAACUCCAGUAGAACGACCAGCAGAUGCUAAUGGUUCCGACAUAGUCAAAAAGCAAUUUCCUUGCCCGGAGUGUAAAAAAUGUUUCAAAUCUGAGGCAAGGCUCACCGAGCACCAAAAAAGUCACCCAAAGGAGAAUCCAUUUUCAUGCGGCGAUUGUGACCAACGUUUUGCCAGCGAGGAACUGCUAGCAGCCCAUCGGAAGUGUCACCUCAGUUUUCCAUGUCCAAAGUGUGACAUGAUAUUUAAAACACAACUGGAGCUUGAAACGCAUCAGAAAAACCACCCAGAAAAGGAGUUUUUAUGCAACGACUGCGAUCUUCGUUUUGCCAGCGAGACGCUCCUAGCUAAGCAUCAAAAAAAGCACCUCGGCAAUAAGCUGUUUUCGUGUACGAAGUGCAAGAAAGGCUUCAGAACGCAAACGGAGCUGGACGCGCACGAGAUAAAUCACCCUGAACCGGAUCAGAAAGGUCACCCUGCCGAAAAAAGACGUUCCUCCUCCGACAAGGGUUUCGAAUCGCAACAAGAGCUCGAAGCGCUUCAGCAAACCCACUAUAAGAAACCAUUUCCAUGCGGCACAUGUGGUCGUCGUUUCACUAAGCGGUCGCACCUAGCGGCACAUCAGAAGCAGCACCUCGGUGAAAAACGGUUUCCUUGUUUGAUAUGCAAAAAGGGCUUCAAAACCCAGCUGGAGCUCAAAGCGCAUCAGAAGAAUCACCCCGACGAGAAGCCGUUUUUAUGCGGCGACUGCGGACGGCGGUUUGCUAGCGAGGCGCUCUUGGCUGCACAUCGGGAGCGGCACGUCAGCAAAAAGCGUUAUAAGUGUUUGGAUUGCGGGCACGGGUUUAACGAGAAGUCGAAUUACGAGAAGCACUGUCGAAUCCACACGGGGGAGAGGCCCUAUUCCUGCUCCGACUGCGGCAAGACCUUUUCCGUGAAAUCAAAUAUGAUCCGGCACCGUAAAAUUCACACCGGGGAGCGCCCGUAUAACUGCCUGGAGUGCGGCAAGAGCUUCCGCGUCAAGUCUUACUUCAUCAUCCACCAAAAGAUACACACAGGUGUACGAGAAUAUUCUUGUUCUCAGUGCCCAAAAACUUUCCGGGAUAAGUCCAACUAUCAGAGACACAAGAAGAGCCACGUGGUGGGGAAGCAGUUCCCUUGCACCGAGUGUGGAAGGAUAUUUAGAAGUCCCACCCAGCUGACGAUACACGCGAGGACCCAUUCGCGGCAAAAAUUUGAGUGUGCCUAUUGUGGGAAGAAUUUUAAAAACAACUGGUGUUUAAAUAAGCAUACAAAAACUCACACCAGAAAGAGAUAA